UAUCCAGUGUAGCAGUUUUCACACGACUCUCAUCACUGGAAUCUAAAGGCGUUCAGUGAUAGUAAUGUAAAUUUGCGUCGUAAAUCCCGUGGAGGUUAAAUGUUACUUACGAUUUAACAAGCCGCUUAUGAGGUGGAAUUGAAACUUCUUGACAACAUGGACAUUAGACUCCCAAAGCAAGCCGCGCAAAUCGUGACUUCAGAGAGAACUCCCCUUCCUCUGUCCUCCAUACGACUCUUGGUCCCUCCUAUACGCCUGAUGUCUGCUUUCAUGUGGAGAAUUGUGCAGCAAAUGGAUGCCAUGCAAUAUGGUGUGCUGGCAGAUUUUGUUUCAUUGGUGUCAGAGACAGUUCCAGAACUGGUUAGUCGUACACACGGAGUCGAACUCAUUCUGGGACUGCGCGCAAAGCUCAUAUUGAAGUUGUGCGAGAGUGAUGACCCUGAUGACAUCCUCGCCAUCCAGCCACACCUCAACAGUAUUCAGCUCGUGGAUCAAGCUGGGAUGGGAGAUGCAGGUGUUUGUUUUGUGGAGCUUGUCCAAAGACUUAUUAAAGAUGUUGAUGAGAGGGAGCAUUUCUUUCAGCAUGUGUUUCCAGUGGAAUUUGGGACUGACUUUGACUCAGCCAUUCAGGUUCUGAUGUGGCAUUUCCUGUCCAGGCUGGAGCAUUUCCUUCCAGUCCCUGACCUCCAACAGACUUUAACUUGGCUUGACCUCACGUUGCCUGUUUCUAAAGAUUGCGAGGAGUUCAUGAGUCAGUCAGAUCAUCUGAAAUCACUCCUUGACCACCACAAGAAACGCGGACAUCUAGAUACCAACACCUCGCAUCAGCCUCUAAGUGCAGGAAAUUGCAUCCUGUCCACACUCUCUGGUAAACCAGUUGACAUCCAUCAGCAAAGCUUAGGUCACAUUCAGAUGUUCAACAGACGGACUUCAGACCAUGUUGAGGAAAGUGCCAUGGAGACAGUAGAAGGGGUGUCUGAAUGGACUGAGACUCAAGAAGGACAUCAGGAUGAAGAGCGAAUACCCCUCAUUACCGACUCUGGGCAGAAGAGGGAAGAUAAAUCUGGCUGUGAUUUGGAUGAUACAGUGCUAACACUUCAAGAAGACCAGAGAUCUGAAGAUGGGGCAGAUAUGGUGGUUUCAGAGAAAUCAGACCCUAAUGCUGAGCAGUCAGAGAUCCCGUCUCGAAGUAGCACCUCUUUGGUUACACAGUCAGUGUCUGAGGAAAUUGCCGUUUCAAAAAUACCUUUAGACACACGUAGAUCUGCAAGGAAGCCUAAGACCACAUGGAAGAUUAAAAUAGUGAACCUUCAAAAGCACAAGAGAAAGUCAGCAACUCCUAAAAGAAUGUAUGCAAGAAACCUGCAGAAUCAAGCUGAGUUAGAUAAUGUUCCCUCAAACAUUGAUGACUCCAAAGGCUUUAACGAGUCUGAUUUUACUUUAGAUGAGAAGAACAGAGAUGGACCCUCUCACAGCUUCUCAUGCUUGCAGUGCCCAUUCAGUGACUCCAAGGAAGAAAACCUCAGGAGUCAUAUAAGAGAAGUCCACUCCACUGAGGUUAAAGGAAGUGAACAUGAUGGUGAGGCUGUUGAUCCCUCGUUGCCCAACAGUUGCCGCAUUUGUGGUAAAAGCUACCGUUUCCCAUACUUGCUGAAGGCCCAUCAGCGCACCCACACAGGAGAGCGUCCUUUUCUCUGUCCGGUGUCUGAGUGCAGCCGCAGUUUUUCCCAUUCCCGAGCCCUGCGCCGCCAUCAACUCAUUCAUUCCUCUGAAGACGUUCAAACGAAAGAUGCUUCCCAGAAAAAAAAGAAAUCAAAAAAGAAAAAGAAAAAACCUCAGACCUACAACUGUCUAUACUGUGGAGAGAACUUUAGCACCAUCGCUGCUAGAAGAGACCAUCACAAGACCCACCCUGAAGAUAAGGUGCAUCGCUGCAACUCCUGUGGGAAGCAGCUUAGCUGUCAGGCAGCUCUUAUCAGACACAAGCGUAUCCAUGCCGAAGAUCGACCCUAUAAGUGCACAGAAUGUGACUCCACCUUCAUCUGCUCGACCACCUAUAAAAGGCACAUGUUGACCCACCAGCCUGAGAGACCAUUCCUUUGUACCUGUGGGAAGGGGUUUACAUAUAGGGGGGCUCUUUUGGCUCACCAGCGCAUCCACAUCCAAUCUGAGGACAGACCGUUCCAUUGCAUGGACUGUGGAAAAGGGUUUCUUUACCGCGGGGCUUUGGCGCAACACCAGAGGACCCACUCCAAAGAGAAACCAUUCCCUUGUGGACACUGUGGGGAGAAUAGUAACACAGAGAAUUCUCUUUGUUCACACUCAGCCGGCCACACCACAGAGAAGAGUUACAAAUGCACCUUGUGUGACAAGUCAUUCGCCUUCAAGGCCAGUCUGACUCGACAUAAACUUACACACACCGGAGAGAGGCCUUUUCUCUGUGCCGACUGCGGAAAGGCUUUUUUUUCUUUCGGAGAGUUGCUCAAGCACCAGCGCUACCACACAGGCCACAAACCUUUCCAGUGCCCGGACUGCAAAAAGAGUUUCACGCAAGCCUGCUACCUGCAAGUCCACAUGAGGCACCACACAGGUGUACGACCCUACUCCUGCUCAGAGUGCAAUAAGAGCUUCUUUAGUUCUUACCGCCUCAAGAGACACCUGCGAAUUCACACUGGAGAGAAACCCUUCCAGUGCUCCGAGUGUGGAAAAAAAUUUAGACAGUCAUAUAAUCUAAAGGUGCACCUGCAUAUUCACCAAGAAAAGAAACCUGAAAGCAGGACAGUUGAUACCUUUUAGUGCUAUUGCAGGCAUUGUGUGCAAUUACAGGCAUUGUAAUUACUAAAUGUAAAAGGUUCACAGUAUUACAAGGCUACAAGUGAUUACAUUAUUUUUUUGUUAUGUCUGUUAUCUCUCUCUGUCUUUCUCUCUCACACACACACACACACACACACACACACACACACACACACACACACACACACACACACACACACACACACACACACGACCAAGUCAUUAUCAGUACUCCAGAGUGCCAGAAUAAAAGAACAUAUGAAUUACAACUGUGUUGUCGAUUUUAUUUUCAGAAUGAUAAUUACUGGUCUAACUACUUUUUAACAGCCUUUUAAUAAUUUUAAUAAGCAAAUAAACUAAAGGAGUUGUUGAUUUGGUACCAGUGAGACACUUGCGAACAUAAGUCAUGUGACGUUUGACUCACCUUGCAUGUCCACUGCCACAGCAAGAAUCCACUCAACACUGUUACACACGCAUGUUGUGUCUUUGGGUUCAAAAAUAUUAUUUUGCAUCAUUCACUCAUCUCACUGAAAGCAAGUUACAUCUGUAUAGAACGCCAAUGUAUGGAAGGCCGAAGGGACUAAAUUGUCUUUAAGUGUAACGUGUAAAGAUUAAUGUCAUAUUAGAUGUGUUCGUCUUAAUGAAGCAUCACACAGAUCGA